AUGGGAGACGGCUACCUGACCUGGACCCCGUCCAGCCUCCGGCCCGUCCGGCUGACCAUCAGAGUCAGCGACGGCGUCUCCAGCUCCUUGUUCACCCCCGUCCUGUCUGUCUGCGGCUGCCUCAACGGGGGAACCUGCACUCGGGACAGCGUUGCUGAAAACCACCUGCAGGGAAAGUUCCAGGUGCUGGCGUGCCUCUGCCCGGAGGGAUACGGCGGGGAGUUUUGUGGGAACGCCACAGAUGCGUGUCGAGGGAAGCCGUGUUUCCCGGGGGUGCAGUGCCAGGCGGAGUCACCGCCCGGCCGGUUCUCCUGUGGAGACUGUCCUAAUAAUACCGUCUCCAACGGCAACCAGGGAUACAAAUGCUUUGAACAUGACAUGUGCAGCCCCCCGUUCCCCUUCCCCUGCCACAGCGAUGCUGAAUGCCGCAGCACGAAGCUGAACUACACCUGCACCUGCAAGUCGGGCUUCACCGGAGACGGACACAACUGCACAGAUAUCGAUGAGUGUGCGGCGCUCAUGGCCUGCGAGAACGCCAAGUACGAGUGCAGGAACAAGCCCGGCUCGUUCGAAUGUUUCUGCAGGUAUCAGAACACCAAGAACACCGAAGGCUGCGGUGAUUCCCCCAAUCCUCCAGGGUUCAACACGUUCAACAUCUCUGUGGGCUGGAAGAGCGACCGGGCCGACGGGCUCAGCCAGGUGUGGGAUUGGGAGUGGCUGGACGACAUCCUGACCAAAGGUUUCACCAACAAGUUCUACAACAUCAGCAAGAAGCAGCAGGGGCAGGAAUCCCGGCCGGGCACGGAUGAGUACUGGGUGGGCGUGUCCAGCGACACCCCUCACUGGUACAUCCGGGACUACCUGGCCCGGGUCAGCGGCCACUACGACAUCGGAGCCGUGGACGUCGACGAUCUGGACGAGUGCAAGGCCAGGGAGGCGGUGUGCGUGUCCCCGGCCCGCUGCGCCAACACCUACGGCGGCUACAGGUGUGUCUGCAACGGCACCGCCGACGUGGACGACACCCAGUCGUGUGUAAUAGCCCUACUUCCAGACAGAGUGAAGGUGACCGACACGGACGUGGACCUGAUCCUGGGUCUGGUUCUGGGCAUCGGCAUCCCCCUGAUCCUGCUGCUGCUCCUGGCUGCGCUGGCCUGUUUCUGCUGCCGCAAGAAGACCGUCACCGGGGACCUCCCUCAUCUGCUGCCGGACCACAUCCAGGAGCGGAGCAACCCUCCGCCCUACAACUUCUCGGACCCGGCCCUGCAGUACACGACCCACGUCAGCCCCCGGAUCAUCGACAACGUCUCGCCCCGGCAGCGGACCCGAUAG